AUGCGUUACGUUCUCGUCUCAGGCGGUGUCAUCUCUGGAGUGGGCAAGGGCAUCAUCGCCUCUUCCACGGGUCUGCUCCUCAAGACCUUGGGACUGCGCGUCACUAGCAUCAAGAUCGACCCUUACCUGUCGGUCGAUGCUGGUCUUAUGGCUCCCGCCGAGCACGGCGAAUGCUUUGUGUUGCACGAUGGCAUGGAGGUAGAUCUCGACCUGGGCAACUACGAGCGCUACCUCAACAUCCGUCUGACGGGCGAGCACAACAUUACCACCGGCAAGGUCUACAGGCAUGUCAUUGACAAGGAGCGCCGCGGCGAUUACCUUGGAAAGACGGUUCAGGUCGUGCCUCACGUCACCGAUGCGAUCCAGGACUGGAUCGAGCGUGUUGCCAAGAUCCCCACAGACGACUCCGGCGAAGAGCCCGAUGUCUGCAUUAUCGAGCUUGGAGGCACAGUCGGUGAUAUCGAAAGCAUGCCCUACGUCGAGGCAUUGACUCAAUUGCGCCACAGAGCCGGAAGCGGCAACUUCAUUCAGAUCCACGUCUCCUACGUACCCACCAUCCACGGUGAGCAGAAGACGAAGCCCACACAGCAUGCCGUGAAGACGGUUCGCAGUUACGGCCUGGUUCCUGAUAUGAUCGCCUGCCGCUGCGAGCAGCCCCUUGAGGAGGCUACGGUGAGAAAGAUUGCCCUUCUUUGCCAGGUCGACGUCCCUCAGGUCCUCGUCGUUCGCGACAUGCCCACCAUCUACCAAGUUCCUCUCCUCUUGGAGGAGCAGAACCUCAUCCCCUGGCUGCGCAAGGCCGUCAACUUGGACGCUCUGUCCAUCCCUCAGUCUCGCAUCGCCGAGGGAGCGGCACUAUGGAAGACAUGGGCUUCCGUCGUCAGCCGCCCGUACGACGGUGAGAUCAACAUCGCCCUUGUCGGCAAGUACGUCAAGUCUCAGGACGCCUAUCUGUCCGUUGUCAAGGCUCUGGAGCACUCGGCGAUGCACCUGCGCAAGAAGCUCAACAUCUGCUGGGUUGAUGCCGAGCAUCUCGAGAUCCAGGCCAAGUCCGCGGAUCAGGCCCAGUACCACAAGGCAUGGCACGAUGUCUGCACCGCCUCCGGUAUCAUUGUCCCCGGUGGCUUCGGUACCAGAGGUACCGAGGGUAUGAUGAAGGUUUCCAAGUGGGCGCGUGAGAACGGUACCCCGUUCCUCGGUGUCUGCCUUGGUUUCCAAACUGCCAUCAUCCAGUACGCCCGCGACUUCCUCAAUAUCGCUGACGCCACCUCGGAGGAAUUUGAUGCCCAGGCUGAGAACAAGGUCGUCAUCUACAUGCCCGAGAUCAGCCGCGACAAGCUCGGCGGUACCAUGCGCCUCGGCUUGCGCCCAACCGAGUUCCAGCCCGGCAGCGAGUGGUCUAAGCUGCGCGCCCUGUACGGCGAGGCCGACUCGGUGGAGGAGAGACACCGCCACCGUUACGAGGCCAACCCGGCUUACGUCGAGAAGCUCUCCGAGGCCGGCUUGAACUUCAUCGGCAAGGACGACACUGGUGAGCGCAUGGAGAUCUUUGAGCUUCAGAACCACCCCUAUUUCGUUGGAACCCAAUUCCACGCAGAGUACCAGUCCAAGGUCCUCAACCCUAGCAGACCCUACCUCGGCUUCGUUGCCGCCAGCGCGGGCUGCCUCGACCGCGUGGUCAAGGAGGAGCUCGCCGCUUCCAAGCAGGCCAACGGCGUCAAGCACGUCGUUUAA